AUGAAUUUUCCGGAGGAAAAUGGUUAUUCAAAUAACAGGGCUCCACGUGGGAGCCCUAUGAAUGGUGUGACCAUUAAACAGGCUUAUAAUGAUGGUGGUCUCAAAGCUGGUGCAGCAAAUGCCCUAAGACUAGCUUACCGUGUGCUGUCUCGCCGCAAAGCAGCAGAAGAGGGCGUGGCCAGACUAGCUCGUGUGCUGUCGGCGUUGGACUUAACAGCUUUGGGAGUCGGUAGCACACUUGGUGUUGGCGUGUAUGUGCUCGCCGGCGACGUGGCUAAGAAUUAUGCUGGACCAGCUGUGGUGCUUUCGUUUCUGUUGGCGGCCGUUGCUAGUGUUUUCGCUGGUCUAUGCUAUGCUGAGUUCGGUGCACGUGUACCCAAAGCCGGGUCAGCGUAUGUCUACAGUUACGUGUGCGUCGGGGAAUUUAUCGCGUUCAUCAUCGGCUGGAAUCUUAUACUCGAAUAUAUUAUUGGAGCCGCGUCAGUGACGAAAGCACUGAGCGAGUAUCUGGACUCGCUGCUAGACAAGGCUAUAUCCACUCGCCUUCUGGCGUGGAUGCCCAUGGACUCUCCACACCUCGCCAAGUAUCCAGAUGUCUUCGCUUUCACUGUCAUCAUGGUAUUCUCUGUGGCGCUCGCGUUCGGCGUGAAGGAAUCGACGAAGUUCAAUAACUUCUGCACCGGUGUCAACUUGUGCGUUGUUCUCUUCGUGAUCAUAUCUGGAUCGUUUAAAGCGGACACAAAGAACUGGCGUAUCCCCGCUUCGGAGGUACCGAAGUCCGAUACCAAGGACUUUGGCAGUGGGGGCUUCGCCCCUUAUGGUCUAGCCGGCAUCAUAAGGGGAGCUGCUGUAUGCUUUUAUGGAUUCAUUGGCUUUGACUGCGUAGCGACAGCCGGCGAAGAAGCCCGACGGCCACAGAAGACAAUCCCCUUCGCAGUAGUCGCGUCCUUGUUGAUUGUGUUUUUGGCCUACUGCGGGGUAUCGUCUGUGCUCACGCUUAUGUUGCCCUACUAUAUGCAGGACGAAAAAGCCCCCUUCCCCUUCGUCUACGACCAGCUGGGGUGGAGUUGGGCGAAGUAUGCUGUCAGUGUUGGUGCUAUUUGCGCGCUGUGUUCAAGUCUGUUGGGCGCCGUGUUUCCACUCCCGCGCAUCAUCUACGCGAUGUCGUCCGACGGUCUCCUGUUCCAGUUUAUGGGUCGAGUCAGUGAGAAAUACCAAACACCACUAGUCGGGACAGUCGUCGCUGGAUUGUUUACAGGUACCCUGGCGAUGGUCUUCGAACUGGAACAACUCAUCCAUAUGAUGUCAAUUGGGACUUUGUUGGCUUAUUCCAUGGUUGCUUCCUGCGUUCUACUCUUGAGAUAUGAACGGAGUCAAAGCGUCCAUCGUGCUUCCGAACCUCUCCAGCUGUCCGUCCGUGGUUGCGGGAGACAGCUUUUGAAUCUAGACGGCGCUACUGUGCCGACACGCCUAAGCGCAGCCACUGUAGCGGUCCUUGUGAGCUUAUAUGGCGUCUGGUGCUUUAUCACGAUGGGCAGCAUCAAUUCUUACGGAGACGCGAUUCUAGCCGGCGAGGUGGGCCCGACCGUUGCGCUGGGGUCGGGUUCGGUGCUCGUCGUGGGCACUCUUCUUGCGAUAUCGCGGCAACCGGUCUCGGAGAAGAAACUCGCCUUUUCGGUUCCGUUAGUGCCCUGGUUACCGGGUCUUAGUAUCCUAAUCAACGUGUACUUAAUGCUCAACCUCGAUUACAUGACCUGGGUUCGAUUCUCCGUCUGGCUAGCUGCUGGUCUUCUGAUCUACCUCACAUAUGGUGCGUGGCACAGCUCCGAGCGUAGAAGGAACCAGGACUCCGUGCAGCUAGCUGAGCUGCACAACGACAGCCAAACGGCUCUCCUGCAGCACGCUAACAUUACCCACGCACUUGGCUGA